AGAAAUUAUCGUCAUAUUCAUAUGACUAUUAACUAUAAAUAAUACCGCCACACAGUUCUAAGUCCAUUAGUUCUGCAGUGCAGUUCCCAUUGACGUGCCGAUUAUUUCUAAGUGGUUAAGUAUGCAGCUGUAUUUGCAACUGAUUUCAUUGUGGAUUGCUUACUUUCGCAUGCAUGAAGCAUUUGUAGUUGCUGAUUUAUGUAGAAAUCGCCAAUUUGGAUUUAAGGUUCAGGAUCCUGAGGAUUGUCACGGGUUUUAUGUAUGCCUUGGAGAAAUUGGUCACUUCAGUUUGGACUGUGGCCGCGAGAAUCGUUUCAAUGAAACAAUACAACGCUGUGUACCUGGGAAAUGCCCCCCAUGUCCUUGCGCAGUUCCAGACAGCAUACCACAAAUAACGGCUUUUAUACCAAGUCUGUCAUACCCUGUGGCUUAUAACUCAAUAAUGUACGCUGCAAGUACAAAUAGUCGGCCUUGUAAUUCGGGAUCUGACUCAAAUGUUUUAGGGAAUUCGCAAUUAAACAUUAGAUUGCAGGGUUCGUCGAAUACAGACUCAGACAUUUCUUCCCAGAGUAAAGUCCUCAAUUUUAAUAACGGAAAUUUAAACAAGAAUCUUACAUCUAAAAAACACGCUCCCACAACAUCCGAUGCUUCGUCAAUUUGCAUGAAUAAAACCAAUGGAAGUUUUGAAAGAGAUCCCUACAAUUGCAGUUUAUAUUAUAUUUGCUAUGACAAUGAGUCAUAUGCCCAAGAGUGUCCAGGAAUAUUCCAGUUUGAUACCAAAGAAGGAAAGUGUAACAUACCAGAAUUAGUUAACUGUAUGCAAGAUGAUGGGAGAGAAAGGACUUCGUCUGAAGAAAUAUCACAAAAAGCGACCAAAAGUAUCGAGAAUAGCACUACGAUAGUGGCAACUAACACAGGGACAGCAUUUGAAAAUUCUGCACAAUCAAAUGCAGUAGGGAUAUCAACUGCCAUAAAAGAAACAAAUGAUGUAUAUUCCUCGACAUUAGGAACUGAAACUACUCUUCCAUCAGCAGUUUAUGAUAGUUCUGCAACUGCCGAUACAAAGCAAAGUUAUAAAUCCGAUGUAUCGGAAAGCACAAUAACAAGUGAAGUCCCAACCAGGACAAUCAAUACAGGGAGUGAAACAGAAACUACUGCAGAAUCAAAUACAGUAGAGAUAUCAACUCCCAUAAAAGAAACAAAUGAUGUAUAUUCCUCGACAUUAGGAACUGAAACUACUCUUCCAUCAGCAGUUUAUGAUAGUUCUGCAACUGACGAUACAAAGCAAAGUUAUACAUCUGAUGUAUCCGAAAGCACAAUAACAAGUGAAGUCCCAACCGCGACAAUCAAUAGAGGAAGUGAAACAGAAACUACUGCUGCGACCACCUCUGGAUUCCCAAAAACAAGUGAAUUAAAAACGGAGACAUUGCCAGCAUAUUUUUCUACAAACCCUACGGAGGUUCCAUCGAGCACUGAAGUAGCACUCAUUACAUCAACCAUUGAUGUUGCAACUGGAUCUGAUUCAAAUGGUUUAAGGAAUUCGAAAUUAAACGUUGGUUUACAUUUGAAUAAGAAACUCACAUCGAAAAAGCUUACUCCCACAAUGUCUUAUGCUUCGUCGAUUUGCGUGAAUAAAACCAACGGAAGUUUUGAAAGAGAUCCCUACAAUUGCAGUUUAUAUUACAUUUGCUAUGAUGACAAUGCAUAUAGUGAAGAGUGUCCUGGAAUAUUACAGUUAGAUACAAGAGAUGAUAUGUGUAAAAUGCCAGAAUUAGUUAAUUGUACGUCAGCUGACGGAAGAAGGACGACUACCUAUGAAGCACUCCCUCAAACAACUGAAAAAGGUAUAAGAGACGUUACUACUGCUGUGGCUGCUAAUACAGUUUCAGGGACGACGUUAGACCGUUUUGCAGAGUCUUCUUCAACAGAUGUAUCAACUCCUAUGGAAGAAACAACUAAAACAUCAUCUCUUGAAUCUACUUUUACACCCACGGUCGUUGAUUCUGCAACUGCUUCUGUUGGUAUAACGGAAAUGCACACACCUGUUAUAUCGGAACUUACAACAAUAUCUACGAUCGCCGUCAUACCAACAACGGAGCCUACAACACCUAUCGUCCCAAGUGAAACGAUUAGUACAGUUUCCAUAACAGAAAAUACCGUCUCAAUCGUCUCGGAAUUCUCAACAACAACUGAGUUACACACAGGUACAUUGACAACGUAUACCACAAACCCAAUGGAGGUUCAAACCAUCACUGAAAUAAUUGUUGUUACAUCAACGACGGAUGCUAUAACAGAAUCUACUCUCGACACCACAUACCCAAUGGAGGUUCAAACCACCACAGAAAUAACUGUUGUUGCUUCAACGACGGAUGCUACAACAGAAUCUACUCUCUACACUCAAUAUUCUACUAUCACUUCAGGGAGUUCAACAAUUACUGUGACAACAUAUAUUCCAAUAAUCUCAACCACCACUGCAACAGCAGAUAUUACAUUAACAACUGGCUCAGGAACGGACUUUACUACCAAGACUUCAGCCAGCUCAACAGCAAUUACAUUAACAUCCGAUACUACAAUGAAAUCUACUACAAACACACAAUCUUCAGCGAUCACUUCAGGAAAUCCAACAGAACAUGCGACAACACAUUUUCCAACCAAUUUACCAACAGCCCAAAUCACCACUGCAAUAGCAACAAUUACUUCCACAUCUAGAACCAUUCCAAACUCUACUCCAAACUCAGAAACUACUACUGUCACUUCAGAGAGUACACCAGAAGGUUCCACAACACACUCUCCAAUCACCACUACAACGGCAGCUAUAACUUCCACGUCUAAAACUACAACAAACUCUACUCCAGUCUCUCAUACCACUACCACCACUUCAGAUUGUCCAAUGGAACCUUCCACAACAUAUUCUCCCACAAAGGAACCAGCACUUCAAUCCACCACCACAACAGCGCUACCCAUUACAACUCACCCUACCUCCAGCAUUAAAACAACUACCACAGAAACUACGCAGGCUGCUACGACACGAUCCGCACCGACUACUACGACACGAAUUACAUGUGCUAUUGCGACGCGACCUACUACAGCCACUACAACCACUACAGCCACUACAACCACUGCAGCCACUGCACCCACUACAACACGAUCUACACUGACUACUGCUGUUUCAGGUCUAAUUUGUUUAAAUAGACAAGAUGGGGAGUUUAUUAGAGAUCCUAAUGAUUGCAACAAAUUUUAUACGUGUUUCAACAAUUCGUCGUAUCUACAAAAAUGUCCUGCUGGAUUAUAUUUUGACACUGUACUAAAUGUGUGCAAUUAUCGUCACAUGGUUAAUUGUCCUAUUUCACCAACUACGCCACCACAUCAGACUGCCACACCACCCAAAGAUACACCAAAACCAGACGAUUGUUCCCAACUGCCAGGAGGCACUUUCGUUAGAGACCCGACGGAUUGUAAUAUAUACUACGUCUGUCUUAAUGGGAAACCCAUUAAAUUACAAUGUCCUCGUGGCCAAUAUUUCGAUAAUGAACAUUUUGUAUGUAAUUUCAAGUAUUACGUAUCUAAUUGCAAUGUUUAAUGUAAAACAGUCGAAAUUGAAAUAAUAUCUGCCUAUAUGAAAUAAAUUACAUUCAGGUAUUUCCCAAUUUUCAAAUUAUGCAAACGAUGUAGCGAAGUCCAAAACUGUAAUUUCUGACAUUACAGAUGUCUUAAAUUUCGAAAGGAUAAUCAAACAAGUAAAAAAGCUGUAAAUUCGGCCGGGCCGAACUUUGAAUACCCUCCACCAUUUGGAACGAAUUAGAAAAUUUU